AUGGGCUGGUCGCGUUAUGGAACCUCGUCUCCAUUCUCGCUGUGGAUGAGGUUGGUCUCCGGGUGGAAAGACCAGCGGUUCGGCAUCUACCUUGCCAAGCAGAAGUUGCCUCUUGGACAGGAGCUCUCCGACUCUGAUCCCAAUGGUGGUGUGCUCACACUGGGUGGGGUCAACACCAAACUAUUCACUGGUGACAUCAACUAUGUCCCGUUGAGCAAGAGGGCUUCCCCCAACGUCACGGUGAGAGAAUGGGGUAUCGACGUCGAUGGGGUCGAGAUCGGUAGCAACCAGUUCCCUGGCGGUACUUAUGCCCUGAUAGACACCGGUGCUCCUGUUUCGUACGUUCAUCAAGACGUAUACAAAGCCGUCUACGCCAACGUGUCGGGCCUGAAGCACUAUCUAUCUCGGUCGGGGUACGCGUACGACCUUUUCCCAUGCGCAUCAAUGGCAGGCUUACCUCCGCUGGUGUUAACGCUCGGCGGAGUGCAGUACUCUAUCCCAUCAGAGGACCUCGCCAUCUAUGUGGGGAAUCAGCAACAAGGCGGAGAGGCAGUAAAGUAUUGCAGGAACUCCUUGGAAGCCACGCCACAAGAAUACCUAUCUCAGUGGGCUGACUCGAACGCCGCGUACGGUGUGCUGACGCUUUUUGCUCUGCUCAGAUUCGACUGGAUCCUUGGCGUUCAUUUCCUCAGGCAUGUGUACUCGGUAUGGCAGUACUCGCCCCCUGCCAUCGGGUUCGCAAAGCUGUCCCCGGAGGCAGCGUCAGCAACAACGAGUGCGACGGGCUCAGGCGUGGCUGGGGGAGGCAGCGCCACAACCGCCCCGUCAAGCACGGCAACCAAGGCGCCGUCCGGUGCGAGCUCGAAGGCGGCCGGCCUCAGCGUCAUGGCUAUUGGCGUCGUGCUCGCCGUUCUGGCCUGA